CCGUUAUGCCUUCACACCAGAUAGAUACAGUAGCCUGCGUUGUGAUACUUUGUAACGAGGAGAAAAAUCAAAUGUAACCACUGACUGCCCGUGUCGUGGAACCGACAGCUUUGUUAAAAUCCGUCUGCCAGGUGACUGUCGACGGUUGACAUGUAAAGAGAGUCGGAAAGCAACGAGCCAGCUUCGCACAGCCCUGUUGAACAUGACGGCGAGCCUUUCCUGGCUCGAGUCAUCUCUCCACCGUUCCUCCAAACUCGGGCUCGAAGUGCUGGAGAGAGCGCGCAAACGGAGUGUGCCCUGGUCAAGUGACAGACCCUCUGACAGUCGCACAUCAUCACCUGAACCUGGAGGACAGACGCACCUUUCAGACGAGACUCAAGACAGCUAUGGCAGUCCACACGAGAACCUUGACAGUGCCUUUGGCAGGAUUGUGGAGUACAUGGACCAUACUUCAUAUGAGUGCAAGAAGUUCUACAAGUCGGCUCCGGAACCCAGCAGUCGAGAGACGGAACACGUAUGCUACUUCCAUUCCAAGAGAGAACCUCGGCCUGGACCACUGCUGCCCUCCACCUCCCGUGUCAAGUGCUACGCUACGGGGAGGCCUGUGGCCGUGAGGGACUCCAGCAGGAUAGUGAGCGUGGAGCUGCAGCCACCGCCACCGGAGGACUUCCACAUCGAGCUGUCCCCUGGAAACUACGCCAUCACCGCAGGCAUAGAGGGCGCCGCACCACAGACGCAAGUUGUGCGGGUCCAACCCGGACAGAGCAAGAACCUCGUCUUUGACCUUUGACCUUUGAAAGGUUGGAUUUGCCCCCAAACAGGGUUUGGCCAACAGUGAGACUUGGAACGCUA